AGUAGGUUUUCUCCGUGCCUUUUCCUGGGUGCCGACCCUGCGAUUUCCCGCAGAGUGGUCGAGUAGGCAGAGGGGCGCAGCAGAACCAAGGGAAGGGGCCGAAAGCCGCCUGAUUGACAGCCCGAAAUCUGAUCUUGUGAAAGAGACGUGGAGCCAAUGGGAGGCAGCGAUCCAUCAGUUUGGAUUGGAGGCCCCUGGAGGAGAAGUAGAGGAAAAACCACCGAAUUCAGCUCUGUCAGAGGCGCUUUCAGCUUCCAAGGGGAAGUGCUGGGCAAUAAUUAAUGUUUUUAUUAAAUUUGGAGGGAAUUUUUUGCAGCCGUUCGCCUAGCGUGGCCUUCAGGUUGAUAGAAGUCCAGAUCCCGAGGAAAUCUCCAGCUAAAUGCUCAAAAUAUAAAACACUGAGCUAAUAUUUGCGAAGAGGAGCAGAAUGGAUGGAUUUUAUGACCAGCAAGUGCCUUACGUGGUCACCAACAGUCAGCGUGGGAGAAAUUGUAACGAGAAACCAACAAAUGUCAGGAAAAGAAAAUUCAUUAACAGAGAUCUGGCUCAUGACUCAGAAGAACUCUUUCAAGAUCUGAGUCAGUUACAAGAAACAUGGCUUGCUGAAGCUCAAGUACCUGACAAUGAUGAGCAGUUUGUGCCAGACUAUCAGGCUGAAAGUUUGGCUUUUCAUGGCCUACCACUGAAAAUCAAGAAAGAACCCCACAGCCCAUGUUCUGAACUCGGGUCUGCCUGCAGUCAAGAGCAGCCCUUUAAAUUCAGCUAUGGAGAAAAGUGCCUGUACAAUGUCAGUGCCUAUGAUCAGAAGCCACAAGUGGGAAUGAGGCCCUCCAACCCCCCGACACCAUCCAGCACUCCAGUGUCUCCACUACAUCAUGCAUCUCCAAACACAACUCAUACUCCGAAACCUGACCGGGCCUUCCCAGCUCACCUCCCUCCUUCUCAGUCCAUACCAGACAGCACCUACCCCAUGGACCACAGAUUUCGCCGCCAGCUUUCUGAACCCUGUAAUUCUUUUCCUCCUUUGCCGACGAUGCCAAGGGAAGGGCGUCCUAUGUACCAACGCCAGAUGUCCGAGCCAAGCAUCCCCUUCCCACCGCACGGCUUUAAGCAGGAGUACCACGACCCAGUCUAUGAACAUAACACCAUGGUUGGUGGUGCAGCCAGCCAAAGCUUCCCCCCUCCUUUGAUGAUCAAACAGGAACCCAGAGACUUUGCGUAUGAUUCAGAAGUGCCUAGCUGCCACUCCAUUUAUAUGAGGCAAGAAGGCUUCCUGGCUCAUCCAAGCAGAACAGAAGGCUGCAUGUUCGAAAAGGGCCCCAGGCAGUUCUAUGAUGACACCUGUGUUGUCCCGGAGAAGUUCGAUGGAGACAUUAAGCAAGAGCCAGGAAUGUACCGGGAAGGACCUACAUACCAGAGGCGAGGAUCCCUUCAGCUAUGGCAGUUUUUGGUAGCUCUUCUGGACGACCCUUCAAAUUCUCAUUUCAUUGCCUGGACUGGACGGGGCAUGGAAUUUAAACUGAUUGAGCCUGAAGAGGUGGCCCGGCGUUGGGGCAUUCAGAAGAACAGGCCAGCUAUGAACUAUGACAAACUUAGCCGUUCUCUCCGCUAUUAUUAUGAGAAAGGAAUCAUGCAAAAGGUGGCUGGAGAAAGAUACGUCUACAAAUUUGUGUGUGACCCGGAAGCCCUUUUCUCGAUGGCCUUUCCGGAUAAUCAGCGCCCACUGCUGAAGACGGACAUGGAACGUCACAUUAACGAAGAGGACACAGUGCCUCUGUCUCACUUUGACGAGAGCAUGAGCUACAUGCCAGAAGGGGGCUGCUGCAACCCGCACCCCUACAACGAAGGCUAUGUGUACUAACAUAAGUGACUGUCAAGCGGGGCACCUCGUGCUUCGCCUCCGUUUUUUUCAAGAUACAGAGAAUCACCGAAUUCUCGUCAAUCUUUGUUUUAUUUUUGUUGUUUGUAUUUUAUUUUUUAAAUAAUAAUACAAAAGGGGGCUUUUCCUGUUGCAUUAUUCUAUGGUCUGCCAUGGACUGCGCACUUUAUUUGAGGGUGGGUGGGACUAAUCUAGACAUUCAUUCCUUGUAACAGGAAGAUGGUGGGUGAGUGGGCAGAGGGAACUGGGGAAUUCCUUUUUACUUAGGCUUGGGAUGGGGUCCUACGGGUUUUCUGUAUAAUGAACUAUAUCAUGUUUGUUCGAUUUCAUAAUAACGUAAGAUAAUUUUCCCUGGGUGUCUACGGUACAGUUGAUUUCACGUUAUGUAAAUAAUCUACUUGGAGACCAUUUGCCUUGGGCAUUUCCCCAUCAUUACUAAGUCUCUGCAGGUGUACAAAACAAACAAACAAACAAACAAACAAACACAAAAAACUACUGUAAAUGGCAGUUUAAUGUUAGAAAUGACUGGUUUUGCACCUCUUGUAAAAAAAAGUAUUUAGCAAUUGCAUUUGUUGUUCUUUCUGUUUGAUUUUGCUUUACAGAUGACUUGUAGGAAUUAACCAUGAAUGUGGGCAAUUCUCUCUGAAGUUGAGUAAUCAACCAUGAGUGCAAAUGAGGGGCAUAAUUUUGGACUCUGGCUCCAACUGAGUCACAGGCCAGUAGCAUUUCAUGUAUCAGGUGCCAUCUUGCUGUUUCGGUACAAAUACUGUCUUUUAAGUAUGUUGAUGCCCAUUUCUGCUCAAUAAUGACAUCAUGAUCCUUUGGAAUCUUCAUUAAGUGUUAAAUCUGGGAUCACAAUGAAACAAAAAAGAAAAAAAGAGAAAAAAAUUACCUGUCUCUUUUCACUAUCUUCAGUACAUAAAUACAUUAUUUAAUCAAUAAGAAUUAACUGUACUAAACAACAUAUUAUGCUGUUCUAGUUACAGCAAGCACUCUUUAAGAAAAAUAUCCACUACACUAAAUAGGUACUAUAGUAAUUUUAGACAUGGUACCCAUUGAUAUGCAUUUAAAUGUUUCACUGCUGUGUUCUGUUGAUAACAUAUAUAAAUAUUAGAUAAUGAUAACGCUUCUGCUGCUGUCUUUUCUGUAAUAUUCUCUUUCAUGCUGAAUUUACUAUGACCAUUUAUAAGCAAUGCAGUUAACUACAGAUAGCAUUUCGGGACAAAAUAGAUGACUCAAAUCAUUUAUUGCUUAAGAAAUAGCUUACAUCAUGCUAUGCUAUAAGCAGCUUUUAUGCACAUUGACAAAUAGCGAGUGAGCUUCAGCUUGCUAAGGGAAACUGUGGAAAAUUUUGUAACUUUUGGUGAAAUGGAACAUUGUUUAUGAACUGUUAAAGAACAUGAGGAAGUUGCUUUGUGACAUAGUGCUGGCACUGAUGUUGUCCUUCAUCGCCUUCUGGCACACGCCUGUAAAUGUGAUCAGAUUGUACCAAGGAAGAUUCAAAGAUCUGAAGUUUCAAAGUUUUUGCUUUGUUUUCAUUCUGUUUGUUUGUUGUACAUUGAAAAACAACAACAUUCAAAGUGUUUCAUAUUGUUUCCUUCACUCUGAAAACACAAAGGAAUGGUAUCUUAAUACCCGUGAGUAUUAAGACCAGAUCCACGCAAACAAAAUGAAUUGUGUUUACUCCAUUAUAAUUCUGGAGGAACACCUUUGUAAAGAAUCAACAGCAAAAUGUUAUUUUUAAGAGAAUCCUAAAACACAAAGUGCAAAUAAAUGUAGGAAAGCAUUUCAGGAGCACAAGAAAGACCUUGUGAAGAGGAGUCCU